AUGGAACAAGAAGAUCAAGUGAUGACACAACCAACACCUUCUAUAGUGACAGGUUGGGGAAGAGUAUUGAUUUGUGGAAGUACUACUUGGAAUCACAAUUGGAAAAAAGAUAGAGGUAAAGAUGCGGCGAAAUCGGAUUUGUUAGAACCUCAUAUUCUUAGAAGUAUAUGUAAUGUCAGAGCUGCGGAGAUUAUCAGUGGAUCUACUGCCAAUUAUUGUAUUGUUUUAGAUGUUUUCGGAGCCGCGUAUCUAUUCGGAAAAUUACCUGUGGCUUCUUUGGCCCCUCCUAACGGUCUGGUAUCGGAACAAGAACCCCUCAAAGUAUCACCUACCAACGUAGGACUUCCAAGAGGUUCAAGAUGGAUAGCGGGAAGUGCUGCUAGAUCUCACAUGUUUUUGAUCGAUAGUUGGGGACAAGUAUGGGGAUGUGGUAAUAAUACAAUGGGACAAGUUGGUCUUCCUGUAUGUGGAGAAGUUUCGAAGUUCACUUUAGUUCCUGGACCUUGGUCAGAAGCUGGGGAUAGGAUCGUUCAGAUCACAGCGGGAAACACUUUCUCUUUAUUCCUUUCUGACAAAGGACAAGUUUACGCUGCUGGUUCUUCGGAAGCUGGUCAAUUAGGUAAUGGAAGAACUGGGGAACGUGUAUUACGUGCUGGAAAAACUUCUUUCGAUAUAGAACCUCCUCACCUGGUAGAAGGCGCAUUGGCAGGAAGAGAAAUACAACGUAUCGCUUCUGGUAGUCAACACUCGCUCGCUAUGGACAAAGAGGGGUAUGCGUAUGGUUGGGGAUACGGUGGUUAUUCUCGAUUAGGUUUAGGGUCGCAGAAGAAUGUAUUGACACCGACUGUCUUACCGGCUUUUGCUGGGAAACCGCUCACUAGAGCUAUGGCUGUUUUAUGUGGACCUGCGAGCUCGAUGGUCAUCACGCAUCAGAGGGUGGUAUAUAUAGCUGGCAAGUGGAAGAUGACAGGGGACGGUUCCGGUGGACAGCCAUACACCAUUUUCAAACCUAUCGAACAUCUCCCACAAAUGUCUAACAUCAUGUCUGCUUCAUGUGGAGGCUGUACAUACUUUUUAACUGCCACCGCUCCGGAGACGGAUAAAAUGAUGACCAUAGGUUGGGGUCAAGGUGUGGUAUACGGCGAACUGGGUAUGGGUCCUGAUAGAGGCAAAAGUCAAAGUAUCCCUACUCCUAUAGAACCACUAGACUCCAUUGCCAUAUUCGAUGUCGCCGCAGGACCAUUUCAUACUCUUUUCCUUGCCAAACCCAGUGCUGAACUAUCCGAGCUUCCUCGAUGGCCUCUUCAUAUAGAAAGUCCAGAUUUAUGUGUAGUAUGUGAUGAAGAUUCCGAUGAAAAAGGUGAUCCUUUAGAAUGUGAAAAGUGUGAUUGGCCAUAUCAUAUUUCUUGUCUUGAUCCUCCUUUACCUGAUAUUCCAUCAGAAGCUUGGUUUUGUCCUCAAUGUGUCUCGGAAGGCGAUGCCGGUCCGGAAGAAGGUGGAAUGAGUAUCGCUAUUGCCGUCAAUCCCGUUUCGGAUCAUGAACAUGGAGGAGAGGAACAGGGGAUACAGCAACAGCAAGAAACUGUACGGGAAAAGAGUUUGAAACGCGAGUCUAUGCCUAUGGAGGUGGUACCUAAACAAGAACCUUGAUAUGACGUAGAUUGAACACCUAACUGAAAACCACGUUUGAGGGGGUUAACGAUGGAGUGGGGAAGAUAUGAAGUAAGCUAAAGACAGAUUGACUUUCAAGUAGAGGAAGGAAGGAUGUAUUGUACAGAAGGAAAGAAUAUCUGAAGGAUUAAUCUGUUUAUGUCAUCUUGUCAUUAUCAUUGUGAAUCUAUCAUAGUAUGCAUAUAACGUGUCCAAGUG